AUGGUCAAGGUUGAUCCGUUCAGGGUAACUACAGCUCUAUCACAUCAAGUGGUGAAAGAGGUAGUAAAAUUAGAAUUUAUGGUAAAUAAUGUCAAAUUUUUGGAAACAGCUGCGGUGUUACCAGGAUUGAAACAAGUAGGUGUUAAUUUAUUGGAUGUUGGUGAUAAAGAUUUAGUUCCAAGGGAUGAAAAUAGUUAUUUUGAUUGGAUGAUGAUCCAAAAAAAUUAUGCUGCUUCAUCAGUUGAUAAAACAAAAUGGGGUUUUAAUGUUCUACCAUUUGGAUAUCAAAAUGCUCCUGGUAUUUUACAAACAGCAAUUCAAAAGCUUUCAGAAGGUAUUGCUAAAGUUAACAAUUACAUAGAUGAUAUUAUUGUUUAUACAAAUACAUUAGAGGAACAAAGGAACGUGUUGAGAUUGUGUACUUUAGGUAUGAAGAAGGUUAAAUUUUUAGGACUUGAAGUCGGUACAGAAGGUAACAAGCUCCCAGAUGAUCAAAUGAAAGCGAUCAAACAAUCAAGUUUACCAUCUACAGCUAAAGAAAUGAGAAGUUUUCUUGGUUUUAGUAAUUAUUUUAGACAAAAUAUUGAAAUGUUCAGCGAACAUGCUAAGGUCAUUACUUGUUUGACGAAUCAUGAAUCAUUGUCAGAGUUCUUGAGUACUGGUAAAGGGCCUGAGAGUGAAAUAAAUCUCACAUCGAUGAAAACCUUACUGGAAUUUCAGAUCAAAAUUCGAUAUAUGUCUGGUAAGGAGAAUAAUGUGGCGGAUGUGCUAUCAAGAUUGGUACAUAAUGAAACAUCAUAUAAAUUAGAGGUUGCGGUUGAUGAUGCUGGUGAAUCUAGUGUUUAA